AUGAAAAUUAUUGAUAAGAUUAAUCAGUGCAUCGAGGAGAAUAAGACCUUCUACUCGUUUGAAUAUUUUCCACCCAAGACUGAUGCCGGUGUUGAGAAUUUAUAUCAACGUUUGCAACGGAUGGCUAAAUUUGCUCCCUUGUUCAUUGAUAUUACUUGGGGUGCUGGAGGAAGCACUGCUGGUAAGACCAUUGAAAUUGGAGCCACAGCACAAAAUAUGAUUGGCGUUGAAACUCAAAUCCACAUGACUUGCACCAACAUGAAGAUCGAUGAGUUGGAUAAGGCUAUUCAAACAGCCAAGGACUUGGGUAUUUCAAACAUUUUAGCUUUGCGAGGAGAUCCACCUCUCGGAACACAAGAAUGGGAAAAGACAGAGGGCGGUUUCACUCACGCAAAGGAUCUAGUUAAACACAUCAGAAACAAACACGGUGACUACUUUGGUAUCUCUUGUGCUGGAUAUUCCGAAGGUCAUCCUGAUGGAGAUUACGAAAAGGAUUUGCACUAUUUGAAGGAAAAGUAUGAUGCUGGUGCAGACUUUGUUGUCACGCAAUUGUUCUAUGACUGGCAACAAUUCUUGAAAUUCGUUAAGGAUGCUAGAGACAUUGGCAUCAAGUGCCCAAUUAUUCCUGGUAUUAUGCCAAUCAACAACCACUCAUCUUGGCAAAGAAUGACUUCUUUCUGUAAAACUAGAAUUCCUGAGGAAAUGAAGGAAGAAAUGUCAAAGCUCAAUUUGGAAGAUGACAAUGAGGUUAAAGCCUACGGUAUCAAAUUGUGCAUUACCAUGUGCAGAGCAUUGUUAAAUAAUGGUAUUCGUGGUCUCCAUUUCUAUACUCUUAACUUGGAAAAGAGUACAGAAUCUAUUUUGGAAGGUCUGGAACUCUGUCCAAAAGAAAGCGUUCCAAGAUCUUUACCUUGGGUCAAACCUGCAAACGCCAAACGUUUAACAGAAGAAGUUCGUCCAAUCUUUUGGUCUAAUCGUGUCAAGUCCUACAUUGACCGUACGCAACACUGGGAUGAAUUUCCUAAUGGUCGUUGGAGUGACUCUAGAUCUCCUGCAUUCGGAGAGUUGGGAGAAGAAAUUGCCUAUUUCUACAGAAGAAAGUUUGGUGACAAGGAAAAUCAAAUUACAGCUUGGGGAAAGGAACACGACAGCAUUGAAUCGAUCUCAAACGUUUUUGUGAACUUUAUUGAAGGAAAGAUCUCAUUCCUUCCUUGGAAUGAACAACAUACAUCUCCAGAGACCAAUAUUAUUAAGGAUGAAUUGAUCUUCCUCAACAAGAAUGGGUUUUUGACAACAAACUCACAACCUAAAGUGAACGGUUGCCCAUCCUCUGACAAGAAUGUUGGUUGGGGUCCAAAGAACGGCUAUGUUUAUCAAAAGGCAUAUGUGGAGUGUUUCAUUUCCCCAGCUCAAUUAGAUGUCUUGGAAAAGGUUGUAGCUGAAAAGUAUCCAAUGAUCACCUAUCAAGCUUUGACCAAGGAUGGAAGAGCCAAGUCCAACAUUAAGGAAGAUAGUACAUAUGUCAACGCAGUAACUUGGGGUGCUUUCCCAGGUCAACAAAUUCUUCAACCAACAGUUGUUGAUAGCAAUGCUUUCUUGGUUUGGAAGGAUGAAGCUUUCCACAUUCUUGACUCUCAUUGGUUGUCGUUGUAUGACGAGAAUUCAAACGCUCACAAGGUACUCAAGUCCAUCUCUGACGAAUGGUACUUGUUGAAUAUUGUAGACAAUGAUUAUAUUCAUGGAGAUAUUUUCGCUUUAUUCAAGGAUGUUGUCGAAAGAAAGCAAUAA